AACAAUUUAGUUUUUAGUAUUGAAUAUAGUCCCGCGCAAGAAUGAAGCUAUCAUUAGUUUGUCUCUGCGUGACAUUUUCCUUGAGCAUUGCUCUCGCCAAAGAUGAACCUAUUGUCGAAACAAGUUUAGGUAAACUCAAAGGUUCUGUGUUAAAAACAAGCAAAAAUCAUGAAUUCAUGGCAUUUCGUGGUAUAAGAUAUGCCCAAGCACCUAUCGGAGAUAAACGUUUCAAAGCACCCGUAAGUGUUACGACAUGGGGAAAUUCUAUUCUUGACGCCACUAAAGAUGGCUACGUUUGCCCUCAACCAAGAUAUCCAAGAGAAUCUAUGUCUGAAGAUUGUUUAGUACUAAAUGUUUAUACACGCGAUCUAAGUGCAAGCAAAACAGUGAUGGUUUACAUUCAUGGUGGUUCGAAUUUCCUGGGAACAAGUCAUAGUGAAUUGGAAUCUGGUCCAGGGUUGUUAAUGAAUCAAGAUAUUGUAUUGGUCACUAUGAAUUAUAGACUUGGAGCAUUGGGUUUUUUGAGUACUAAAAAUGAAGAUGCUCGUGGAAAUUAUGGUUAUCUUGAUCAGGUUAUGGCUUUGCAAUGGGUACAAGAUCAUAUUUCGAAUUUUGGCGGCAAUCAGAAAUCAGUGACAAUAUUCGGUAUGAGUGCUGGUGGAAUGGCAGUGACACUUCAUAUGGCUUCGCCACUAUCCAAAGGACUGUUCCAUAAAGCAAUAGCUAUGAGUGGUUCAGCUACAAAUCACUUUACUGUGGAUAAUCUGCAUUGGACUAGAAAACUAGCUAAGUUAGUUAGCUGCCCCUUAUACAAUUCUAAAAAUGUAGUAGAUUGUUUGAGAAAUGUUUCAUGGGAAAAAAUAAUUGAUGCUUGUAAAACUUAUGAACCUUAUGGAUUUAUUGAUUUAAAGUGGAAUUAUGAAGUCGAUGGACAUUUUCUACUUGACACUCCAACAAAUGUCUUUGCGAAGGGAGAAUUCAAUAAAGUUCCAGUAAUGACAGGAAUUACAAAAGAUGAACUUGCCUUUUUCAAUAUUUAUCAACAUGCAAGCAAUAUAGGCUUUUUGAAUGAUAUCAGUUUGAACUUUGAGAAAUAUGCUCCCGAAGUGUUAACCUUUGAAUUGGACAAAAAUGCUGUGGAAAAAAGUAAAAAAAUUCAAAAGUUUUACUUGAAGGACAAACUUAUUCAAGAUCAACCAUUUGGCAAUUUUGGAGAGAUUUUCUCGGAUGCUAUUAUUGGUCAUGGAGUUUAUAGAUUGGUUCAUUUGGCAAGAAAGUAUGUUGAUGUAUACUAUUAUCGAUUUGACUAUUCUGGGAAGUUUAGUAUUUUUCCUGAUGAAAAUGGUAAACCAAGAGGUGUCUUACAUGCCGAUGAUCUCCAAUAUAUUUUUAAGUGGGAUGAAAGAGAUCUUGAUGAUUCUGAUGUGUUUAUGGCUGAACGAUAUGGAAAAUGGUGGGCUUCAUUUUCUGAAACUGGGGUCCCAAGCGAUGUCAAUGGUGUAAAGUGGUUGCCAUCAACUAAAGAAAACGUCUACUGUCUGUACAAUGAUAAGGAAAUUCAACUCGGUGAAGAACCGUUUUUGGAGAGAUAUCGUCUAUGGGAUGAGUUGUUCCCAGUUGAAACUAGUGAAAAUAGUGUCAAAAAUGAUGAACUUUAAUUUUCUGUCUGUCAAAUACGUAGUUUAAAUACUCAUGUUAAAUAUGAUUCACAGCACACACGUGUGUGUCCAAAUGCAAAAGGCAAGCCCACAUCAUGCAUCAACACCAUUCCCACAUUCAAGUGUGAAUUUAACUAAAUGUUUGCACAAUCUAUACUCAAAACGUUAUGCCACAUAAUUUCAAAUGAAUUAAACCGGAAAAGGAAAUAGCCAGGAUAUAAUCCAUUUAACGUACCAUUUGUGGCCAGAAUAUGGUAUCUUCUUUAAAUAUAUAUAAAUGUCUACAUGUGUGUGUGUGUGAUUUUGUAUCUCUUUGUACUCUUGUGUGAAUGUCAGUGUUCCUAUAAAUAAAAUUAAAUGCGAAUCAAAUAAAAUUCAAUUUUUUUUU